CAAUAGGUUGGCUAGAAAACACGUGCAGGAAUUCAUUUCUUUCCGGAUUCGUCGAACCUAAAUCUGGAUCUACACUAACCCAUAAUAUUGUUUAGAGCUUUCAUGGUAUCUUCCAAGUUUGAACGCUUGAAGUAAAAUGGAUAUAAAUAGCAAUGAUGGUCUGCCCCCUGUUAACAUGGCACAUAGAUCUAAAUCUUCAUCAUCUGGCCAUGCCAAGAAGAGCGUCAGACGACUGACAGUAGCGGAAGUUGCUAAGGAGCACGAGAUACGAAAACUUCAGGAGCUCAUUCAUGAUGAUGAACUUAAUAUUGAUCCGGACAUGAAAACCAAUGGCAAGUUGUUGGUGCUGCUGGUCAUCUUACUGGCCAUCGUAUCCUUCACGUUGUUUAUCAUCAUAAUGGCUUGUUGGGUUCGAACUGCUCAGAAACAGACGGACACGACUGAGACCUCCAAACAUACAGAUAUCUGUCUGACAAAGGAAUGCGUCUUGGCAGCUGCGAGCAUUGAAAGCUCCAUUGAUUACUCGGUCAAGCCGUGUGAUGACUUCUAUCAGUUUGCUUGUGGACGGUGGAGGAAAGAACAUUCUAAAGCUAACCUCUCGGAGAGUAUCACUAAAUACACACUGUUCAGGGACCACAACCAACGUGUUCUAAGAGACUUACUUGAGAAGCCUAUACAAAAGAAUGAGUUGUCCAGUAUACAGAAAGCUAAAACACUUUAUGCAUCGUGCAUGAACGAAGAUAUGAUCAAUCAAGUGGGCAGCAAACCACUACAAGAGCUUCUCGUGAGCGAAUUCGGCGGGUGGCCACUCACGUAUGACAAAUGGGAAGAAUCUCAAUUCAAUCUAUUGACCAUUGUCAAGAAAGUGAAUGUUUACGAGCACUCGACUAUUUUCAAUUUCGAUUACAAAGUUCAUGACACGGAUUCAUUUCAGAGAAUGUUAGUGCUAGACAAGCCUUUAUUUGGUCUACAUUUCUUAGCAUACUAUAAAAACGAGAAAUAUCGCCCAGUUUUGGAUGCGUAUGAAGAAGCUAUUUAUCACGUUGGGAAACUACUGGGAUUCCGAAACGCGACGUCUGCUAGAGAUGAAGUCAAAGCAUUAGUGAACCUAGAAAUUCAGAUGGCAAAUUUUAGACAAGAAAAUUCAUCAGCCAUUAUCUCAUCGUCUAUACCUAUCCGCCUGGAGGACAUACAUGACAAUUAUAGUCAGAUUUUGGAUCUGCGGAAUUUUUUGAUAUCAUUGAUGACAUCUCCAGAAGUAGGUGUGUCUGACUUCAACAACAACGAUACCAUCAUCCACUUGUCCCGCUGGUACUUUCAAAACUUGGAAAGUCUUAUACCUUCUACAGACAACAGAACACUUGCCAACUACAUAAUUUGGAAGUUUAUACUUAUGUGUAUGCGACAUGGAACACUUGGCGAAAAGUUUCAAAGUAUCUACAAUACGUUAAUGAAGCCAACAAUGACCAUGCAUGAGCACUGCAUAGACGAAACGACGAAGGCUCUAGGAUCUGCUGUCAGUAAAAUGUUCAUAGCUGAUUACUCGGACCGAGAGUCUUAUGACAUAGUUCUAAACAUGGCAGAAGAACUGAAAAAGGCUCUAGAUCAUAUCUUGGAAGAAUCUGACUGGAUGGACGAGGCAGCCAAGAAAUAUGCCAAAGCAAAAAAUUCCUACAUGAAAUUUAAAAUUGGUUACCCGGAUGUGCUUGAAAAUGACACAGCACUUGACCAAAUGUACAUAAACUACACCUUCAACAAGGACACAUUCUUUCAAAAUAUCAUGCUGAUCAGAAAAGAAAGAUUUUAUGCCAACCUUCGACGUUUUCGCCAGCCUGUAACCAAUGACGAAUGGAUCGUUGAACCUACCCAUAUAAGUGUUUCGAGUUAUUCCACAAAAUCUGAGAUCACUGUACCUGGCGCUGUGGUACAGUCUCCAUAUUUCAUCAAGAGAAAUCCGAUGUCACUCAACUACGGGAGUUUAGGACCUUUGAUAGGCAUGCGUUAUAUUCAUUGGUUUGAUGUGACAGGAUUGAACUUGGAUGAUCAUGGAAAUAGAAGGCCAUGGUGGUCAGCGAGAGCAGCGGACAGAUAUGUUAGAAACAUGAAAUGCUUAGAAGACCAGCUCGCUAACUACCUCGUCAAAGAAGCAAAUAUGACAGUAAAAAACUUAAUUAAUCAAUUAGCUUCAUCAUAUGAUAUUGGAGCCUUGAAACAAGCCUUUCAAGCUUAUAGACAGUGGGUACUGUCACGUGGAGAAGAAGAAGCCAAUUUACCUGCACUAAACUUCACACACAAUCAACUUUUCUUCUUAAGCUACGCCCAGGCUCAGUGUGGUGUCUAUCCUCUAGAGAAAUUAAAAGAAGCACUCAUAUCUGAUGUCAACUUUAUUCUGGGAGAGGUUAGAGUCAAUGGACCCCUCCCAAAUGUGAAAGCUUUCUCUGAAACAUUUGAAUGUCCCGUUGGUUCUCCAAUGAAUCCAAUUUAUCGGUGUAAUGUCUGGUAGCCUACGCAAUGUUGGGCUCAAUGGAGGACGCCAUUGAAAUGUGCUCUUUAUUGUAACAAUGGAGUUCCUUUGUCAAUAGUAAACAAAUGUACUUAACACAGCUAUGAUAUAUUCUGUCAAUACAUAAAUUAUU